GUAAAUUAUUUCAGAGUACCUUAUGGAACUUAGAAGUGCAAAUGUUGCAAUCACUGAAAAAACAGGUAAGGUCAUAGUUCAGAAUCCUAUUAUCAGUGCAGCUGGAAGUGUUACGAGUCUUGCAGACCACCGGAGCCCUAAUACAUCACAAGAGCCUCCGCCCAAGUUACCUUCUGUUUCAAGUAAAAAAGCGGAACCUGUUCCUAAGAGUGGGUUAACUGAAGAUGUGAUUUGUGACUUUAGUGGAAAAACAGCCAAAGUGACCGUUCAAACUAAAAAUAAGUUUUCAAUACCCUCAAAAACAUAUGGUAUCAAGAAGUCAGUAAAGGACUUUACAAAAACGGAUCAGCUCGUGUCACACGAUGUGUCUUCGCUUUCAACAUCCGGAUGCUUCAACGUUUAUUCUUCUCCUUCCAAGUCUUCCAUGCUGUCUGAAGUCACUUUAGAGUGUGGCAGCAAACAAUCAAAACAGCCUUCGCUGUCACUGCCCAUUCAAACUACAAGUAAGUCUCCGUUUAAGAUAACGGUGAUUAAAAGGGGAAACGUUGAAGGUGCCAAACAACAGCUUUUUGGGCCAUCGUGCACUGUCAAUGCCGGUGAAGAUCAGUCGCUGGUGAACGGUUUAUGCAAGGAAACUGUUACUGAUCGUUCACGGGCUUUAGCUACCGUUAAUUUUAACGUGACUGCUUUGUCGUCAGUGUCAGAGCAACAUUCAUCUUCUUUGUUUCCGCGAGUUUGGCACGACCGAGCUAAGAUAUUAAAAAGGAAGAAGAGGUCAGAGGCAGAAUACGCAUCAGGAUUGUGUGACAGCCCACUUAGUAAAAUGGUUAAUCAAGAUACCAUAGGAUGUGACGACUGUGACCGAUGGUUUCAUUACAGCUGUGGGAAAAUUAGAAAGAGUGACUACCCUGGCCAUGUUCCAUAUGUUUGCCCUGUUUGUGUCUCCAAGACAACAGUAAAAAAAUGAAUGUUUUUUUUCGUCCCUAAAAAAAGAAUGGUGAUAUAACAAAGAAUACUGAUCUCGAACAAAGAAUACCAAUCUCGAACAAAGGAUGCAUAUCUUUUAAAUUAUUUGUUUUCUGUGUUUUGUUUAUGUUUAUCUAACACUGUCUAAGCUGCAGUUUUUAAACGAAGCUACAAAGAAUUAAAAAAUACAAAUCGAUUGUCACUGAA